GAAUAUCUCUACAUGCUGGUCUGCCAGACGCUGGAUGGCAUCUCCAACAAAAAGAGGGAGAAGCUCCCCACUUCCCUGGGCCCCGACGGCCGCGACGCCGACGCCACCUUCGGGGACAAGGAGAAGGAGUUCCUGUCCCUGGAUGACAUCCCCAGGACCAGCCAGGACAGCAUCAACAUGAGGAGGAGUCAGCAGCUCGCUGCCACCAACAUCGUUCCCCUGACCCCGAUGGCGCUGGUGGCCCCGGAGGAGGCGGAGAAGAAGGAAAAUCCCCUCCUGAGGUGACUCCCGAGUGUCCCCGUGCCCUGGUGCCAU